GGAGAGAAACAAAUCAUUUUGAGCAAAGCGUAUGACCGCAUUGAAUGACCUUUCCUCCGUGCUAUUUUAAUGAGGUUAGGGUUCCACGACAUGUGGAUAAAGUGGGUAAUGGAAUGUCGGUGAGCUAUGCGUUCCUUAUCAACGGUUCCCCUAAAGGAAGCGUCAGUCCAUCUCGAGGGCUUCGUCAAGGCGACCCUCAUUCGCCUUACCUCUUUAUUCUUUGUACGGAAGUGCUCUCGGGAUUAUGCAAGAAAGCUCAACUCCAUGGCUCGCUCCCCGGUGUUCGAAUGUCUAGACGCAGCCCCUUAAUGAAUCACCUUCUUUUCCCGGACGACACAAUGUUUUUUAGUAAAACGAGUGUAAGAAGCUGUGAAACUCUCAUGCGCAUUCUCAAAAGAGUGACGCAGGCGUUGGGCAUAGAGAAAGAAGGAGGCAUCGGAAAGUAUUUGGGUCUUCCUGAGCAUUUUGGGAGACGAAAGAAAGACAUCUUCACGGCUAUAGUGGAUAAAGUGCGUCAAAGAUCUUUGUCUUGGUCCAAUCGUUUCCUCUCUGAGGCGGGAAAGAAUGUUCUCCUCAAGGCAGUAUUAUCGGCUAUGCCUUCAUAUGCCAUGUCUUGUUUUAAGCUUUCCAUGUCGCUUUGUAAGAGACUUCAAUCGGCGCUAACCCGUUUUUGGUGGGAUGAUAAACCGGAUAAAAAGAAGAUGGCUUGGGUCGCUUGGGACAAACUCUCUCUAGCUAAAGAAGAUGGUGGGCUGGGAUUUAGAGAGAUUGCUACUUUCAAUGAUUCCCUCUUAGCUAAGAUAGCCACUAAAAAGCCCUCUUGUAACGAGCUGGACACGGUGAAAGAGUUACUGAUUAAGGCAAGAGGGAUGACAACUCUCCCUCCAGUGGGUUUGGGUAUCUCUCCUUUGUUCCCUUGGCUCCUAUGGUUUCUCUGGAAAGCACGUAAUCAGUUGCUUUUUGAAGAAAAAUCCUGGUCUGAGCUGGAUACUCUGCUGAAAGCGAUAACAGAGGCUCGCAGCUGGCAAGAGACCAAAUUACUGCAGCCGCCUAAGAAAGCUCUGCCUCUCAAGCUUCAAAUCGUUGAAGUGCACCUAGAGGCUUUUCAGUGUUUCUCGGAUGCAGCCUGGGCAGCUUCCACUAGUGUAUGUGGACUGGAGGCACUCGCUCUCAAGGCAGCAAUCACGGCGGCCUUAGCUUUGGGUGUUUUUCGACUGGCCUGUCACUCGGAUUGUCAAGAGCUCACUAUUCUCCUCAACACCGAUGGCCAUGUUAAUGAAUUGGAAGACAUUCUCUCGGAUAUUUAUUCGCUUAAGAAUGGUUCCGUCUCAAUUUCCUUUCAUUUUGUUCCUCGUAAGGAUAACUCUGAGGUUGAUGCUUUGGCAAAAGCCGGUCUGAAUGUCUGUAACGUUUCCUCCAUUGUUGGAGCUUGAGUUUAAUUAAAUUUUUGUUUACAA